AUGUCCAACCAAGACAUUCAUCCAAACAAAUACAGUGAACUAAGAAACACCCACAAAUACUAUAUCGAUAUAUACAACUCGUUGUAUCAGUUGAAAAGUGAAAAAGAAGAAGAAUUAAAGUCUAUUUUCAAAAUGAUCAAAACAGAAUUGAUUGAAUCCAAUAAACAUCCACCCAAAGAUAUUAUAAAAGACAUUUUAAAAAUCAUUCCCUAUAACAAUCGCUAUACAAAGUCAUAUUUAUUUCUUGCCAAACUCUUUUCUGAUGAAUAUCAUGUUGAAGAAGUCAAGGGAAUCUCUGAUAUUUCAAACAUCCUGUUUUAUAAAGAACAUGGAAUUAAAAUAGACAAAUCUUUUGAUUUCGAAAAAGAUGAUUUUGAAAAUCUUGAUAUUCACACAGAAAAUACAAUAUACAGAGCAAUUAUGAAUAAUGACUUAGAAAAAUUCAUCACAUUCACUGGAAUCGAUGGAUUUGAUAAAGAUCAAAAACUUAAAAGCGAUUUAUAUCCAGAUUCUUAUGAAGGAUAUUCAUUACUUGAAUUAUGUUGUUACCAUGGAGCAGUUGAUUGUUUCAAGUUCUUAAGAACGAAAUUCAACUCAGAAAUCACUCAAAGAUGUCUAGAAUUAUCAUUUUUAGGUGGAAACAAAGAGAUCAUGAGUGAAUGUUUCAAAUAUCAAAAACCAAAUGAAAAAUGUAUGGAAUAUGCAAUUAUUUCACACAACAUUGAUUUUGUCACAUUUUUGAUGAAUGAAUACAAUAUCGAUAUUGAUUUAGAAAUUUGUGGAUUUUACAAUAAUCUUGAAUCAUUUUUAGUUUAUUUCGAUCAAACUAAUGAUAUAAACAAAUGUUUUGUUUAUUCACCUAUUAUUGGUAUUACAUCCCUUACCGAAUACUUCAUUUCACAUGGUGCAAAUAUCAACGAAAAAAACAAUAAUGGAGAAACAGCACUUCAUAUUGCAGCUUUGUAUAAUAGUAAAGAAAUAGCCGAAGUUCUUAUUUCACAUGGUGCAAAUAUCAAUGAAAAAGAUAAAAAUGGAGAUACCGCUCUUUAUUAUGCAGCAUAUAAUAAUAGUAAAGAAACAGCCGAACUUCUUAUUUCACAUGGUGCGAAUGUCAAUGAAAAAGAUCAAAAUGGAGAAACCGCUCUUUAUUAUGCAGCAUAUAAUAAUAGUAAAGAAACAGCCGAACUUCUUAUUUCACAUGGCGCAAAUAUCAAUGAAAAGGAUCAAGAUGGAGAAACAGCACUUCAUAAAACAGCACGGAAUAAUAGUAAAGAAACAGCCGAACUUCUAAUUUCACAUGGUGCGAAUGUCAAUGAAAAGGAUCAAGAUGGAAGAACAGCACUUCAUAAAGCAGCACGGAAUAAUAAUAAAGAAAUUGCAGAAAUUCUCAUUUCACAUGGUGCGAAUAUCAAUGAAAAGGAUCAAGAUCGAGAAACAGCACUUCAUAAAACAGCACGGAAUAAUAGUAAAGAAACAGCCGAACUUCUAAUUUCACAUGGUGCGAAUAUCAAUGAAAAGGAUCAAGAUGGAAGAACAGCACUUCAUAAAGCAGCACGGAAUAAUAAUAAAGAAAUUGCAGAAAUUCUCAUUUCACAUGGUGCGAAUAUCAAUGAAAAGGAUCAAGAUCGAGAAACAGCACUUCAUAAAACAGCACGGAAUAAUAGUAAAGAAACAGCCGAACUUCUAAUUUCACAUGGUGUGAAUAUCAAUGAAAAAAAAUAA